AUGACGAAUGUUAUUAACCUCGACGCAGAAGAAAGCAGUGAUAGCAUAGAGCACACUGACCAAAGUCCCCUGGAGCCUCCUCACUCUGCUGAAAAGAAGAAGGCAACAAGACGUCAGAUGACUUUUGAUGAUUUCAAAGGAAUAAAAGUGGUUCAUGGAGAAGCAUCUCUGGAGGAACAUAAGACUGUCCCACGGGUAAAGAAAAAUCACAAUGAUGAAGAGUCCACCGUUUCGAAUGGGAAUCCAAGGAAGAGAAAAGCUGCCCCAAGGGAAUUUGAUAAUGGCGAAAUUGAGGAGACAAGCUCCAAGUCUGCAAGAGUAUCCCCUUCGCCAAAUACCGCUAGUAAAUUAAGCACAUACGAAAGAGCCCUUCAAAAUACAAAUUCGGCACCUGUAGUCCCUCUACCUUUGGAAGAGUUCAGAGAUAAACAGACAUCUCUAUUAGAGGCUUGGAAAUCUAAAAACGAGUUUUUGAAACCAGUCUCAUAUGCGGGCGAUGUAAUCAAGAUAAUGUCGUUUUUACACAAGUUUCAAAAUAUGUUCCAUUCUGGUCUACAAAGCUUAUCCUUUAUCGAUUUUGAAAUUGGCCUAGAACUAAUAGCAAAUGAUACCGAACUUACCACAAAAGAGCUUUUAGACCACCAAGACAAACUGAAUCUCAUCUUCUAUUCAAUCCUGAAAUUGGUGUUUGAUUCGAAAAACUACGUCGUGCCUAGUAUAAAGGAUUUGAAACAAAGCAGGAAACCAUUUGCCAAGUAUCUUAAAAUCUUUAGGAGAUCCACCCAAGAGUUGGGUAGCCCUAAAGAAUGGAGAAUACCCAUUUUUGAAGAAAUGGAUGUUACGGACUCGCAACAUUUUCCCUCCAAUGAAGACGUCGAGGAUAUUAUACAACUAGAUACUUCCUCAACAAGAGAUAUGAGUCCUAUCUACGAUCCGUGUCAAAACAUCGAACUUCCAAGGGAUGAACAUCCGUUAUUCAAUAAGCGUAUCAUAUCAGCCGCUGAAAAAGAUGGUCUUUUCGCCAUGGAAGAACCAACUGAUAGACUCAUAGCAUUGCGUCAUCUUAUAGACAUUGCAUUAAUUAACUCAGGUUUUGUUCAUGAUGAAAUUUACAGAAUAUCACAUACUAAAGGUGAUCCAAGCAAUGAUACUACUAUCGUGCCAAGAUUUUAUAGAGCAGGAAUGCAAACUGUCUACAGUGAUUUCGAAAGUUUGUGUAAACUGAUUCAAAAUUAUUUGGAUGAGAAUAAGCGUAGAUUAAAAUCAAGGGCAACUUCAAAAAAUAAGACGAAGUUUGAUAUCUUGGCCAAAAUCAAAGGAAUACUAAGAAAAGUCUCUGAAGAUGAAAAAGAAUCAAAGAUAAUCGGCCUAUACGAUAAAUGGAUACAAUUGUUUGAGGGACUACUCUAUGACAAUCCAUUGAGUGAUCCAUAUACUGAUGAUCUAUACAGAUUAAGAUUGGACGAUUUUUUUGUCGGAAGGAUAAGCAAAAUUGGGGAUUUUUACUUUCCAAGAUUGUACACACAGAACAAUGAUUUCAGUACUUUCAUUGACCUUCGAAAACUGACGUAUCUAUUUGACAGGUUCUUGAACAAGGAAGUCAAUCUUUCCGAAUUUUUUGAGAACUCUUUCCCAUUCAUGAGUUCAAAAUUCAAACUGUUUUAUCAUGAUAAAAUUUCUUUGCUGUCUGACACUUUAAAGAACGAGCAUGAAGAAGAUUCCUUGUAUUGGUUUGAAAUUGCGAAUGAUUCAACUUCUAUGGCAAAGUUUCUAGAUUAUCUGAAUAUAAUUAUUGGUGAUCACGAAGUUUCAACUUCCAAUGAAGAAUUGAAUGGAUUGUUAAAAAUUGGCGAAAAUGCUGAGGUUAAAAAUGAUUUAAUCAACUUGAGGUGCUUUUUAAGCAAAUUAAAUACAAUGAUAAUCGGCAUCGAACAACUAAAAAAGGAAUAUGAAGAUUUCUUGAAUGGUGAUAGAAGAUUAAGAAGAUCUCACAACCAGAAAAUCAACUAUAAUGUCCAGUAUAAUGAGGAUGGAAAUGAAGAAGAAGAAGAAGAAGAAGAAGAAGAAAAUGAGGAAGAAGAAGAAUAUCAAGGUGGAAACUUAUAUGAGCCUCUUGAGGAGGUCCAAUACGAUGAUGAAGAUGAAGAUUAUCAAGAUGAAGGAGAUGAUGAAGAGUGA